UACACAUUUUUACAUAAUAGCAGUGAAGGGCUGUCCCUUUGUCUACCUGAGGAACUGUAUAUUUUGUCCGCUUUCAUUGUCUGUCAUGUUCAUAGUGUAGUCUGAUCUAUGUACAUAAUGCAUGCAGUACAUACCUGCGAAGUUCGUUCGUGAGCUGAGCCUGGGCCUGCCUGUGAUUUGAAUUGGAUUGGGUACAUGUGUAUAUGUGCGACCUUGACUCCCUUCAUGCUUUUACUAAAAUUAAAAUCAAAAGUUGUGGCCAGACUUGCUAGAAGCUCUUACAACCCUGCACUUGGAUUGUACGAGUUACUUGAAGCAUCCAAUCAGGAAGCACUGGAAUGUAAUUUGAGAUGUCUUGACAGACAGCAACUUUUAGACACCCAGCCACUCCACGCCUAUACUGUUCAUCGCAGAAAUUGCAUUGCCCUGAAGCACUCCAUCUGUGUGUGAGAAAGCACAAUGGACAAAGAAGAGGAGACAGAGUUAACACAUUUCCUAUCCCAGGUUUUUCCUGCCUUGGACUCUGCUGUUACAGAGAUAAGGAUUGAAUUGGACAAACUUGGAUGUGAUGGAAUUGAAGAUCUGCAGCAUGUUACAGAGGAGGAUCUGCUCUUCUUAAAACCGUUACGGAGGAGGAAACUUUUGGCUGCGAUUUCUGAAAGAUUGCGAACUACCUCUGACAGCAGAGAUCGUCAUGAAACAUCCCUGUUGGAUAGUUCCAUGUCUUCAAUAACUACCAUUCCUGAGACGGAUUUUGAAGAUUCCAGUGGGUGCUCUACUCCUGAGCCGGAUCGCAUCAAAUCUGUUUUCACCAUCCCAUGGCAUAGAUUUCCACGCACUGUCACAAGAAAGUGUACUAGUGGGCAGAGUCUUAAUGCAGCUGAAACACGUGAAGUUAAGCGAAUUGUAAGUGAUGAAAUGAUGGCAGUAGGUGUUACCAAACGUGCAGCCAUUCGCAAAGCUGCCGAAGACAUUUGUAACAGAUACCCUUCCUCCUUCGAAGACAGGGGUAUUGGAGGAACCAAACUGGGCAGUGGAUACCAGUCUCUCUUCUCUGGAUUAGAGAAUCGCAUCUACAAUGAGACUCAUAAGAUUCGCAAACGCAAAGCUGAAGUGCUGCAGUCAACGCCAAAUGAAAGCACAGAGGAUGCUGCUGCUGACUUUGAUGUGUAUGGCUGCAAACAGGGCAUGUGGUUACCAAAUGCUCCAAACGAAGACGAUCUCAAAUCACAGAUGGAGAUGAAAAAAGAGCUACAGAAUCUGAAACAGCAGGACUGUGAUGCUGAGGAAGUGAAACACCGAAUGAGUAAUACCUACUAUCUUCAGCGGAGAGAUGUUUCCAGUGGUAUGCCCAUUAUUGAACUCGGUAAGCAGUGGCCCUUUCUGUUCAACUACAAAUGUCUCUCAGAACAUUUCUACAUGCUUACAGAAGUGAACCCUGAGUCUGCCUUUGAGGAGUCACUAAUAGCUAGAAACAAGGGGAGUCGCAUCUAUGACUACAUAUUAUCAGGGUCAAGAAAGAAAAAAAGUGAGGAUCUGAAACGCUGGAUGAGCAUAAUCAAGGCUGAGGUGGAAGACUCAAAGUCAACAGAGCCGCAACUACAAGGUGUUUUCUUGUUGCUCGUGAACUACUUUGAAGACAAAGAAGAUCAGCUAUUCCGAUUCUAUGGGGUUGAUGGUAACAAGCAGAAGAUUGAUGGUGACAAGGACAAGCCUCAGAGUCCAUUCAUUGCCAUAAUUGGAUCAAGGGAAGACAUCUUCAAAGGGCGAAACAUCUAUUAUCUUGUAAUAGAAGGAUCUGUCGUCAAUGAUGGAAUAGCCACAUUCCGGGAAGCAGUGAUCACACUGUUCUGCUGUUUCUACGCUCUUUCCCUAGAGUACCCACCAGAGGGAUCAGUCACUAUGGAGUUCAUCCAAAGGGAACUCAUUGGCAUCAGUCCUGGGGGUCCAGUAAAGAGUGGAGGAAAGAAGAAGAAGAAAUCGGCCGUGUCUCCAAAGAUAAUUGCCCUCCUUCGUGGAAUCGUAGAGUUCGAAUCUGACUGGAAAACAGAGUAGCAGACAUCCAGCUCUCAUUUUUUAUGCUUCUGUCAAUUUGUUUUGAGAUGUGCUUUAUUAUGCACGAUUUUUAUUGUGACGAAUACAUGGAUGAGACAAUGUGAUGUAAGAAACCUGUAAAUUUCUAUUAUUUGUGCCUCAUCUUGAAAGCCUUUUCUCAACAUCCCCAACAUAAUGCAAAUAAAAUAUAUAUAAGUAUUAGUAUAGUAUAGGAUGUAUGCAUCCAGAUGUGAAAGGCUUUGAUUUUUGGAAAGAGCCAAGAUAGUCCUUGCCAAGGAACAAAGUGAGUUUUUUAGAUUUUGUUGGUAAUGUAAGAAAACCUCAGCAGGUCCUAUUUAUAAUGUUAUACCUAUAUAAUUUGUAUAUUUGUUCUUUUGAAGGUUGUUUAUAGUGUUUUCUUGAUGAUAUAUGCUACAGUAUGCAAACAUUAUACCAUGUUGGUGUUUACCCUGGUCAACUUUAUAUACAGGGUGUCCCAUGAACAAUGCCUGACACACUUCUGAUAGCACACAGAUCAACUUAUUAAUACCAUUGGUAAGAGCAACAUUUCCUUAAGGCCCUGUCACAUUAGGCUUGCAUGUGACUUGCAAGGAAAUUUGUUUUGCUACCCAGGGGUCUGCGAUACUGCGAUACAACAAUAUUACAUUUUGAAAUAGUUGAGAAGAGGAUCGGUUGAAAAAUACAAAUUUUUGAGGUGCUGAGUAUGUACUAAUUUGUGUUUUCAAAGGUUGGCAGCUAUGCUAUGUACAUCAUCUUCAUCUUUUAUUGGAAACAUGUACAUAUUUUUCAUUGAGGCAAGUGGGUAUUUUGAGAACAAAAAUAGACAUUUGUAUGCUGUUUAGGAAAAUAAUGUACAUUAUGCCAUCUUCAAUCAUGAGAACUGAUGGCCAUAUUAAUUUGAUAUUCUUGGCCCGAACUCACAAAGGAGGCUUAAAGGAGAAUAAAAGUUAGACAGUCACAUGAUUUCAGUGAAUGGAGAAGAACAACAAGACUUAACAGUAAAAGUUUGAGCAAAUUUGGAUAAUCCGUUUUCGAGUUAUGUAUUUUUGAAGUUUUAGAAAAUCCUUAUUAUGGACUUCCUUAAGUUGGCAACUUCGCCAGAAUUUGUGAUGUCAUUGUGCUCAACUCUCCAUUGGUUAUGUACAGAGAGUUUCACUUUUUUCUAAUUUUCAUCAAAAAUAAUAUUUCCGCCAGUGUAUUUUGUUUUUGUAUGACAUGGCUACAUCAAUUCUGCAGUAUGUCUGAAAGAAUCAAUACAAUUGCCCUUUUAAUAUUUUAUAAAAAUAAAAUGUUGUGAAACUCUCUGUACAUAACCAAUGGAGAGUUGAGCACAAUGACAUCACAAAUUCUAGCGGAAUUGCCAACUUAAGGAAGUCCAUAAUAAGGAUUUUUUUAAACUUCAAAAAUCCAUAACCCAAAAAAGGAUUAUCCAAAUUUGCUCAAACUUUUACUGUUAAGUCUCAUUGGUAUUCUCCAUUCACUGAAAUCAUGUAAAUGUCUGACUUUCAUUCUCCUUUAAACUCUGUGGGGGGUUAAAUCAUGGUCUAUGUAGAUUUUGUGUAUAAUUUGCGCUUAAUUUAGUGUGUAUGCUGAGAAAGGUCCAAUAUGAAGGCACGCUGUAUGGCAAAGGGCGCUCAAUUCAUGCUUGUUGCUAUGAUUUUAAACCAUAGCUUUAAACCAUGGCAAAAAUCAUGAAUUUCUAGUACUUUGCCAAAAGCGUGCAUUUAUACUGGAUCUUUGUCAGCUAAUCAUACACAAAAUCUGCAUAAACCAUGGUCUAAACUUAAACUUCCUUUGUGAAUUCCGACCAUUGAGUGUGUGACCCUCAAAUCGAGCAGAAUUGCAUCAAAAUAUCAUCAGGUUAGAUUUAGUGUGCAUUUUGUUUACAUUUUCUAUGUUACAAUGGACAUGUUUGAAAUAGACCCCCCCCCCCCCCCCCCCCCCCGGCACAGUUUUAGCAUUGUUAUAGCACAUCUGAAAGAGCACCUCAAAGUGGUCUUAGGGAUCCCGUUAGAAUUUGGUUUAGAUGGUUGAUUGGAAGGCUUCUCUUCUACCCAACCAGAAGAGCGACAUGUUAUGAUCCUUGGACUGUGAUUUGUAUUUUUCUGCACUUCACACUAUUUGCAAUAUGAUAUCUGAUCAUGCCAAUCAUUUAUUUUUUUAGAAAUGUGUUAAAUUAUGUUUUGUAUGUGUUUAAAUAUGCCAAUCACAUACAAGUCAUGUGUUGCAGUAGGUUCUAUGCCUCCAGAUUUUAAAGGUUUUCAUUAUUGGUUUGAGCCAAAAUAAUCUUUGUAAAGGAAUGAAGAAUGCAGGUGCCCUUUUCUUUAGGCAUCUAUACAGGGUGAGUCAGAAAAAAAAAGUCCACUUUCAAAAAUCUAUAUAAUCUCUAAUGUAUGUUAUUCUUCAAAGACUGUGGUAUGUCCUAAAAGAGUAUCUUCCUCUUUUAUUUGGUAUAAAUUUUAUCAGGUUUAUAGCAUGAAUGUCAUGCUUGUCUAUACAGGAGGCCCUUUUUUUUUUGAGAGAGAGAGGAAAUAAAAUUUCACCUGCGCCAGAAGUGGUGGCAUGUCGAUCAUGAAUUAGCAAUAAAUGAUAUACCUCGGUUAAACAUGACUCUUUACGAUUUCAUAUCAUCGGGGGGGGGGGGGGGGGGCACCCCGUAGGCUAUAUAGUUUUUUGUUACAUUUUAUAUCUUUGUUACUCACUGAAGUUUGCUUUUAUUGUUUUCUUGUUGAUUAAGCUCCUUGCAGAUCAGUAUUUACAUGUUUGUAAUUGGUAAUGAUAAAUGAACCCUUUUAAAACUACAAAAUGUUGCAGUUGUUUGUUAGGCCAUAUAGUUUUUGUUACAUUUGAUAUAUUUGCUACUUACUGAAGUUUGCUUUUAUUGUUUUACUGUUGAUUAAGCUCCUUGCAGAUCAGUAUUUACAUGUUUGUAAUUGGUAAUGAUAAAUAAACCCUUGAAAAACUACAAAA